AUGCCGUAUAGAGCCGAGUUAAAACGGCCAGAUCUAAAAGGACAGUUUCCAUGUUCUGUGUGUGGAAAAAUCUUUUGCCAUUCUUCCUCGCUAAGCAGGCAUCGAAUGCAAGCCCAUUUCAAGAGUUACACUUGCACUCAGUGUAAUGAAACACUCCGCUCUCACAUGUUUCGCAUACACAGCAUCUCGCGAAUGUUCAUGUGUCGCUGCUGUAACUGGGCAUUCCCUGAUAAAACCAGUCUGCACAUUCACAUGCAAAGCAUGCUACGGAACGGUACCCCGGGUGAGGUGGCGAUUCUAGCCAGAAGUUCAACUGAAGGUACAGUAUAUCAGCCAGUUGGUGCUCUGAACAAAGCCAAUCCGGUUUUUUCAGAUGAUCCAAUACGUGAAACCAGCUCUGAAAUACAGAAGUUUAAUCAAACGCGUAGCGCAUGCGUAGCACUAUUAUCUACAGAUACUAGGUACUAG